AUGGUGAUUGGUUUGUCAUAUCGAAGCGCACUGAAGCGAUUAGAUUAUCUGGACAGGCGCCUGCGUGCAGACCCCAAGUUAAAAGAAGCAUAUCGUCACACCAUUAAUGAGUAUCUGGAGCUGGGCCAAAUGGAACGGGUUAUGCCUAAGGUUUAUAACAUCAUGCUAUCAUCAUCUGAAGGAGGAGUUCAACAUUGUUAUCUACCGCAUCACCCAGUUAUAAAGGAAACAUCAUCAACUACGAAGGUCCGAGUUGCGUUCGACGGCUCGAGCAAGGCAAGUAAUGGGAAGUCAUUGAAUGACAUUUUAGCAAUUGGGCCAAAAUUACACUUGCAGCUACCUGGGGUUAUUCUCAAUUGGCGUGGUCUAAGAUUCGUGUUUAUGGCUGAUGUAGAGAAAAUGUACAGGUGCAUCAAUAUUCCAAGGGACGAUGCCCAGUAUCAGCGCAUAUUAUGGAAACCCGAUAAGAACGAUUACAUCGAGGAGUAUGCAUGCUUAACAGUUAUGUUCGGAACUAGUUCAGCACCAGAUGUAUGUUGA